AUGCCUGUUAUGAAGGGAUUGCUCGCUCCACAGAACACAUUUUUGGAUACUAUAGCGACGCGUUUUGACGGCACACACAGCAACUUCAUUCUGGCCAAUGCACAAGUGUCCAAAGGCUUCCCGAUUGUGUACUGCUCGGAUGGAUUCUGUGAACUCACUGGAUUUGCCCGAACUGAGGUCAUGCAACAGAGCUGCGCAUGCAAGUUUCUGUUUGGACCGGAGACCAGCGAGCACAUCAUUCUUCAUGUGGACGCGGCACUCGAGGAACGGAGCGAGCUCAAGGAGGAGAUAAUGUUCUACAAAAAGAGUGGUAGUGUGUUCUGGUGUCUGCUGGAUAUUGUGCCUAUUAAGAAUGAGAAAGGAGAUGUCGUGCUGUUCCUCGCCUCUUUUAAAGACGUCACCGACACCAAAGCCAAAUCUAUACUUGAGGAGAAAAAAGAAGAGUGCCGGCGUGAGAAGGUCAAGGGAGACUCUCCGUUUGGCUCCACAAGACUGCGAUCAAGCACAGUUCUCUACCACAUUUCAGGACACCUGCACAACCGUCAGAAACAGAGCAAAAUCAAACUUAAUAAGAAUGUGUUUGGGGAUCCACCCGCUCUGCCUGAAUAUAAAGUCGCUGAUGCCAAGAAAUCCAAGUUCAUUCUUCUCCACUUCAGCACCUUCAAAGCAGGCUGGGAUUGGCUGAUCCUUCUGGCUACCUUUUAUGUGGCUGUGACGGUGCCGUACAACGUUUGUUUUAUAGGCGAUCAAGAUUUGACACGCAGCACCACCGUUACCGACAUUGCCGUCGAGAUUCUCUUCAUCAUUGACAUUGUGUUUAGUUUCCGCACGACGUAUGUGAGUAAGUCUGGGCAGGUGAUCUUCGAUGCGCGGCAGAUCUGCAUCCAUUACAUGACCACCUGGUUCAUCAUCGACCUGGUUGCUGCUCUCCCCUUUGAUCUUCUUUACGCUUUCAAAGUCAGCGUGGUGUCAGUGGUCCAUCUGCUAAAGACCGUCCGCCUGCUGAGACUCCUGCGUCUGCUGCAGAAGAUGGACCGCUACUCCCAGCACAGUACGGUGGUGCUGACCCUGCUCAUGUCCAUGUUUGCUCUACUGGCCCACUGGAUGGCUUGCAUCUGGUACAUCAUUGGCAAGAAGGAGGUGGAGAGUAACGCAGACACCUGGGACAUUGGUUGGCUGCAUGAGCUGGGCAAGCGCUUGGAGUCUCCAUACGAGGGGGUGGCCAACAGAACGCUGAGCAGCGGACCAUCUUUACGGAGCAUCUACAUCGCAGCACUGUACUUCACCCUCAGCAGCCUGACCAGCGUGGGCUUCGGAAAUGUCUCUGCCAACACAGACGCAGAGAAGAUCUUCUCCAUCUGCACCAUGCUCAUCGGAGCAUUGAUGCACGCUCUGGUCUUCGGUAAUGUGACGGCCAUCAUUCAACGCAUGUACUCCCGCUGGUCCUCUUACCACACGCGCACUAAAGACCUGAAGGACUUCAUCCGUGUGCACCACCUGCCUCAGAGCCUCAAACAGCGCAUGCUGGAGUACUUCCAGACCACCUGGUCCGUCAACAACGGCAUUGACUCCAAUGAGCUUCUGAGAGAUUUUCCAGAUGAGUUGCGUUCGGACAUUGCGAUGCACCUGAAUAAAGAGAUCCUAGAGCUGUCUGUCUUCUCGUCUCUGAGUCGUGGAUGUCUCCGCUCUCUCUCUCUGCACAUCAAGACUUCCUUCUGUGCACCGGGCGAGUACCUUCUGCGUCAGGGAGAUGCUCUACAGGCUCUUUUCUUCGUCUGCUCCGGCUCUAUGGAGGUGCUCAAGGACAACAUGGUGCUUGCCAUCCUCGGUAAAGGUGACCUGAUUGGUGCAAACAUGUCGGUGGGUGAUCGCGUCAUAAAGACGAAUGCUGACGUGAAGGCGCUGACCUACUGCGACCUGCAGUGCAUUAAUCUGAGGGGUCUGUAUGAGGUGCUGGAUCUGUAUCCUGAAUACUCUCACCGGUUUGUGCAGGAUAUCACGCAUGACCUCACCUACAACCUGAGAGAGGGCCAAGAGAGCCAUGUCAUAUCCAGGAUGUCCAGUAAGUCCAUGGACACACAGAUAGAGGGGAGGGGAAACGGAGAUGCGAUCCAGUGCUAUCCACCAAUAGCUGAGCAUCACAAUGAGGAAGAUGAGGAUGAUGACGACGAUGAAGAUGAUCAGAUACAGUACCUCAGCGGUGGAAGCAAACAGAAAACGCACAUGCAGAAAAAUGAUCACCAAACCAACAAAAAGCUCCACAUUCAGCACACCACUGUCACAAAACCUGACCUCGGAAAUCUCAGCCCAAGGGUCGUGGACGGCACGGAGGACAGUGAUGGCACAGAAAAUUCCCACACGUUCAUAUUUUCCUCUGCUCAUCAGCACAACGUCAGCGGUGCGACCAACACCACUGCCACUACAGCAGAAUUAGCGGCUAAAUCGGAGGACACCAGAGGACAGCUACGCCAUCUUAACCAAGAGGUGAGCUCCCUGGGACGAGAAGUGGCUGAACUGGGACGAGUCAUGCGGAGUCUUGCCUUUCUCAUCGAAUCCAUGAUGGCUUCACCACAAACACCAGGUGUCUACACGUCCACCUUUACCUCGGGACAUCCCUCUCCCCCAGUCCACUUCCAGGGCCAGGGUUCAUCCUGGUCAAGCCCAACUUUUCCUUCACCGAUGCACCCCGGAAUACAUCCUGGAGGCCUUAUAUCGCUUCCACUCAGACCACAAGAACUACAGGUGCUCUGCCCAACCACAUCUCCGGGUUCCUUUCCUAUCGCACUUUCCACAGCACCCCAUAUGGACAGAUUCAGACAGCCGUUACUGGCCCUUUCUCCACACAGCGCAGUCGCCCGGACCCGCUCGCAGAGCCUGGAGACACCUCUUCCACAACAUCACCAACACAUCCCACAUGCCCCUGGAACAUUACCCCGAGUGGGACAGCCAUCGCUGGGAGAAGGGGAGGAUCUCAGGUCUCUAGGUUUGUAG